ACCACGCCGUCCAGGCGUCCACACCAGCCACUGGCACACGCACACAUACCGUUCGCCGGAGUCCGCACGCACAGCCGCACAGCCGCACAGGCUCGCUUCGUGCUCCUUGCUACCGGCCGGCCAGCCGCCGGUCCCCCCCUCCCCCGGCGGCUGCCGCCGCAGACAGGAGAGACCCACCAGCCUCACUCCCGCCUCCCGGUCUCGGUGCGGCAGUCUACUUGCCUGCCGCUGCUCCUCUACCUCCUCUACCGGCCCGGGGCUUCCUCUCCUUUUUUCCUUUAUCUUUUUUGAAACGAACGGGCUUCCUCUCCUCGUCCUGCCCAUCGAUCGCAGCUCCUCACCUCACUGUGCCGAGGCCGGUCAGUCCUCUCCGGUGUGCUGUCGUGUUCCGAGGCCCGACCGCCCGAGGCGUUAGCAGGUCGUUGGUCUGGUCUCCUGGUUGCUGAAUAGGUCUUGGUCUUGUUGAUCGUCCAAAUGGAGAUGUCAGAAGCACAUGAUAAAGAUAAGCCAAUUGACAAAGAGGAAGAGGAGGAAGAGUAUGUCUUGCUAGAGUUGGACGAUUGUCUUUAUUCAGACAUAUCACCAGGUGCUCCGUUUGUACUCUCUGGUUUGGAUACACUGACUCCAACCUUGACAGUAGGUGAUGGUCUGAAGAUGAUUGGAGAAUAUGAAGAAACUGUUGGUACAUGUUAUCUAUUCUCUGAAAGUGAAGCUCAAUCAAAACCUCUUAGUGAUGAGAUGACACCUUCUGGAGAGAACGAGGACAAACCAGCCAGCAGCAGUAAGGAGGCUUUGAAGGAGGUGAAGCAUCUUGCAAGCGUUCAAAAGAUCCUCAAAUUUCGGUCAAUCAACGUGGAUCAGCAGCAGCAUAGAGCAUAUCAGCAUAAGUACAAGGAAAUCUGAUACAAAACUUGUAGCUGCACUUUUCUUCUUUGAUGUCUACAAUGUAAAGCAAGGUAAUCCAUUAAUCCAAACAGGAUGAUAUAUACUUGUUGAGUUCAUCUACUAGCAGACAUCUCGCUUGAUAUAUUUGCACCACUA